GUUCAUUGAAAGGAGACCUGCUACUGUGCCGUCUUUGUGUUGACAUCUGCGGAGGAUAGCGAGGAGAGGCCUCCGACAUCCUCCAUGAUGCUGUCUAGCAAGAAGUCAGAUGCUGGCUCCUCUUCCUCCUCCUCUUCAUCUUCUGCAGGAGCAGCAGGAGGUGAAAGGGCCCCGGUUUCUGAUGCCCAGACUGGGCCGUCAGCCUCAGCUGCAGGCCCUAUGGAUGUAAAGAAAAAAGAGAGGUCAUCCCCUAGUGGGGAACCUGGAGGAGCCCCUCUGCCUCACCAAGCAGGCCCUGGGGGGGCAGACCAAGACUCAGCUGAAGUUCGCAGAACGAGUCGUCGCAAGCGAGCAAAAGUGGAGUACCGCGAGAUGGACGAGAGCCUGGCUAACCUAUCGGAGGACGAAUAUUACUCUGAGGAGGAGAGGAAUGCCAAGGCAGAGAAAGAGAGGAAGCAGGUUAUCCCUCCACCACCUCCACCACCUGAGGAAGAGAAUGACAGUGAACCAGAGGAGCCGUCUGGUGUUGAAGGAGCUGCUUUCCAGAGCCGACUCCCUCAUGAUCGUAUGACAUCCCAGGAGGCUGCCUGCUUCCCUGACAUCAUCAGCGGCCCCCAGCAGACUCAGAAGGUCUUCCUCUACAUCCGCAACCGCACGCUCCAACUGUGGCUGGACAACCCCAAAAUCCAGCUGACAUUUGAGGCCACAGCACAGCAGCUUGAAGCACCAUACAACAGUGAUGCUGUAUUAGUCCACAGGAUACACAGCUACUUAGAAAGACACGGUCUCAUCAACUUUGGCAUUUACAAGAGGGUCAAGCCUCUACCCACUAAGAAGACGGGGAAGGUUAUAGUUAUUGGCGGAGGUGUGUCUGGUCUGGCUGCAGCCAGGCAGCUGCAGAGCUUCGGGAUGGAUGUUACAGUACUGGAGGCCAGGGACCGUGUUGGAGGCAGAGUGGCCACAUUUAGGAAGGGCAACUAUGUGGCUGAUCUGGGAGCCAUGGUGGUGACAGGACUGGGAGGGAAUCCCAUGGCAGUGAUCAGCAAGCAGGUUAACAUGGAGCUGGCCAAGAUCAAACAGAAGUGUCCACUGUAUGAAGCUAAUGGUCAGGCUGGUGAACGCUGCACAAGUGUGCCAAAAGAAAAAGAUGAAAUGGUGGAGCAAGAGUUCAACAGAUUGCUGGAGGCCACCUCUUUCCUGAGCCACCAGCUGGACUUUAACUUUCUCAACAACAAACCUGUUUCACUGGGACAAGCCCUGGAGGUGGUCAUACAGCUGCAGGAGAAACAUGUAAAAGAUGAGCAGAUAGAACACUGGAAGAAGAUCGUAAAGACUCAGGAAGAUCUCAGGGAUCUUCUCAACAAGAUGGUGACCACUAAGGAACGUGUUAAGGAGCUCCAUCAGCAGUACAAAGAGGCCAGUGAAGUCAAACCGCCCAGAGAUAUCACAGCUGAGUUCCUGGUGAAGAGCAAACACCGCGACCUCACCGCGCUCUGCAAAGAGUACGAUGAGUUGGUGGAGAUGCAGGUCAAGCUGGAGGAGAAGCUGCAGGAGCUGGAGGCCAAUCCACCCAGUGAUGUUUACCUGUCAUCCAGGGAUCGGCAGAUUCUAGACUGGCACUUUGCCAACUUGGAGUUUGCCAACGCUACGCCCCUCUCCACCCUUUCUCUCAAGCACUGGGAUCAGGAUGAUGACUUUGAGUUCACUGGCAGCCACCUGACAGUAAGGAACGGAUACUCUUGCGUCCCUGUGGCCCUGGCUGAAGGUUUGGACAUCAAACUAAACACAGCAGUACGCCAGGUCCGAUACACAGCUUCAGGCUGUGAGGUGAUAGCAGUCAACACUCGCUCUACGACUCAGACCUUCAUAUACAAGUGUGAUGCUGUGCUGUGCACCCUGCCUCUUGGCGUGCUGAAGCAGCAGCCCCCUGCUGUGCAGUUUGUUCCUCCGCUGCCUGAAUGGAAGACAUCUGCUAUACAGAGGAUGGGCUUUGGCAACCUCAACAAGGUGGUGCUGUGUUUUGACCGUGUGUUCUGGGAUCCCAGCGUCAACCUGUUUGGUCAUGUUGGCUCCACCACAGCAAGUCGGGGCGAACUCUUCCUCUUCUGGAACCUCUACAAAGCCCCAAUCCUACUCGCUCUGAUGGCUGGUGAGGCAGCUGGCAUCAUGGAGAACAUCAGUGAUGAUGUGAUUGUCGGACGCUGCCUGGCUAUUCUCAAAGGAAUAUUUGGAAGCAGCGCUGUGCCGCAGCCAAAGGAAACUGUGGUCACGCGGUGGCGCGCAGAUCCCUGGGCAAGGGGCUCCUACUCGUACGUCGCUGCGGGUUCUUCAGGUAACGACUAUGACCUGAUGGCACAACCCAUCACUCCUGGCCCUGCCAUACCGGGAGCCUCACAGCCCGUCCCUCGUCUCUUCUUCUCUGGGGAGCACACAAUAAGGAACUACCCCGCUACAGUUCACGGCGCCCUGCUCAGCGGACUCCGUGAGGCCGGACGUAUUGCAGAUCAAUUCCUGGGUGCCAUGUACACACUUCCCCGACAGGCCACCCCCACAGCUGCCAGCAACCCUCAGCAGGCUCAGCCAACGCCAAGUGUCUGAAAUCACCUCUCCCAGUUCCAUAGAAAACACAAGUUUACCUACAAACUGUUGAUAUUUCAGUGUGUGAAUGGAAGUCCCUGCAACACGUUGUAUUAUUGCCUUUACUUUAACAGAAACUUUAUAUUCUGGCUGUAGUUAUGAUGCAAAUUUGAGAUUUUUAACCGGAGCAGUUCGGUUCCUCAGACUUCUGUUUACAUUUCAAGCAAAAUGUUGAGAUAGAAACCUACUACGAAGACUGGACUAAGUUGAAAGAUGACGUAAUCCCAAAUUUGUUACAUAGCAAAGAAAAAGCUCAUCUUUAAAAAAUGUUUAACAUCCUAGUCUUAAAAAUGGGAAGCACGGCAUUAUGUUUGAAGUGAUUGAGUGUGUUUGAUUCCAUGUGGAGCAUGUCUGCAAACAUCUAUUUAUGUGCCUUGUCUAAAUCCUGUAAAUUCCCUAAAUGUAUACACAACCUAGAGCCAGAUAUCUAAUAAGACCGAUGACCAACUCAGUAGCAGUCUCAAUCUCAAGGCCUUGUCUUGGUUGUCUUAAAGUCUUAAAACAUAGCUAUGUACUGUAGCUUUAUGCCUCCUGAAUUUACUUUCAUUAAGGUUGCAGAGUGUAGUGAAAAUAGUUUGUAUUCAAAGCUAAAAAAAAAAAAAAACAAUUAUGAUGAAAGAAUUGUGAAUGUUUUUUGUUGCCAUAGCAGUUUAAGUAUUUUAUUAUGGUUGUCAUCACAUACUUUUUUAUAUUGUCAAUUGUUUUGUUAUUAAAA